UCUUCAGUGACAGAGAGUCGUGGAAUAUUAGACAACAUACAGAGAUUUUCUUUGCUGCCAACCUACCUUCCAGUGAGUUACAAGAUUCAGCAGAGUGAUGCUUCAUUUUUCCUCAAGGAGGCAAAUCAGGACAUUAUGAGGAAUUCAAGUUUACAAACCAGAAUUGAAUCAUUUGUUAUUUUCAAGACCAAGAAACAACCAGUAAUGAAUGCCAGCUUUGGACCAUUUGUUGUGGAGCAAGCAGUCCCACAGGACCUAUUAAUUCCCAAUCAUUUUGGAUAUACUGAUAAAUUUACUUUUAACUGGAAAAUUAAAGCAUAUAUCCUAAAUAACAAGAUUUAUCCUAGUAGACCUAAGGUUCAGAUUUUGUUUUAUAUUUUGGGGAGGGACUGGGAUGAUUAUAGCACUACAGAGCAACUUCCUUGUGUUAGAGUCUUUGCCUUCCGUGAGACAAGGGAAGUGAAGGCAAACUGCAGGUUAACUGGUGAUCUGGGACUAUGUGUGGUUGAACUUGAACUUCUCUCUAGUUGGUUUGAUCCACCAACUGUAAUUGCUGGACACAAGAAAAUGAUAGAGCAACCUGAAGGAAGUCCAGUGGAACUAUAUUAUGCUGUUUACCCAAGUGAUGAAAAAGCUAAUUGUUUGAAAGAAGAUAUAAGGAAAAGUGGGAUACCACCAGCACGUAUCUAUAUGGAUGAUACUGGCCCACCCCUACAGAGGAUCGGAAGUGUGUACCUAUAUCAGGCGCACAGCAACCAUUCUUUUAUAGAAAUGCAACUAGAUAGUAACAUGGUUAUCCGCUCAUUACGUCACAAUGUAAAAAAAGGGGACGCUUUAACAUAUUUUGUGUGGAUCGCUAAAAAUUCAACACAAAACAAGUUCAAGUUAAGGGCUAAAGUGACUGAAGGCGUUAGUGUGUUUGGUAUAAAGUCCAGUUCACAUUUAUGGGAUGUGAAAGAAAGCACAGAUCCUGCUGGCAAGUUGUCACUUUUUGUUAUCGAUUGCCAAAGGAAAUCCUCUGUUUUGGAAAGCAGGCAGGAUGAAACCUACUAUGAGAUUUUCCGGAUAGAUUUCAGAAUUGGCACUGUAAGUGACCCAUCAGGAGUACACAUCAUCACUUGGCAAGCUGAAUACCCUGGUCAAAGCACUUCAGAACUUGGGGUGUCCAAAGUCUAUGUCAAUGAAAGAGACAUUGUAGGCGUUAUUCCACUUGCAAUGGAGGCUGAGAUUCUCAACACUGCAAUUCUCACUGGUAGGACAGUAGCUGUUCCUGUUAAAGUGGUCUCAGUAGACAGCCAUGGCACAGUUACUGAUAUUUCUGAAGCUGUAGAGUGCAGGUCAUCUGAUGAAGAUGUUCUAAAGAUUUCUGACAGAUGUGACUAUGUUUUUGUAAAUGGGAAGGAAAUGAAAGGAAAGGUGAAUGCCAUUGUUAAUUUCACUUACCAGCAUUUUAAAGCCUCACUAGAGAUGACAGUCUGGGUCCCUCGGCUCCCUCUGCAGAUAGAUGUUUCUGACACUGAAUUAAAUCAGAUCAAGUGGAGGGUUCCAAUUAUGUCAAAUAAGAGACAAGCUAGAGACAGUGAUGAUGAAGAUGAUGAUGAAAGAAAGGGAAGAGGCUGCACCCUUCAGUACCAACAUGCCAUAUUGAGAGUCCUUACCCAGUUCAUAGCCGAGUCCCGUCACAUGGCUGGUCAGCUCACCUACUUACUGGGACCCGACUGGCAAGUUGAUAUAACAGAUUUGAUUAGUGAAUUUAUCCAGAUGGAUGAACCUAAAGUGGUUAAACUUCAAGGACAGAUAUUAAGUGGACAAGAAAUUGGAAUGACAACAUUACAGAUAUUAUCCCCACUUUCAGAUGCUAUCCUAGCUGAGAAGACUGUGAUGGUGGUUGACGAGAAGGUGACAAUUACAGAUUUGGGUAUUCAGGUAGUGUCUGGGAUAUCAUUGUCUCUUCAGCUAAGUCCAGGAAGCAACCGAGCUAUCUUUGCAACAACAACAGCACAGGAGCACUUUAACUCACAAAAGCAGGAAGUUGGGAUUAGCUGCUGGAUCCAGUUUAGUGAUGGCACAGUAAGCCCCUUGGAUAUUUUUGACCCUAAAGACUUUUCUUUGAGUGUUUUGUCUUUAGAUGAAAAGGUUUUCUCUGUUUCACAAGAUUCUAAAUCUAAAUGGCCUACGUUUUCCAUCAUUGGGGAAGGUGAAGGGGGUCUGGUUAAAGUUGAGCUAAUGAUCAGCGAAUUAUGUCAAAAAUCUAAAAGAAAAAGUGUACUUACUUAUGGCAUCGGAAAUAUUAAAGUUACGGUUGGUCAGAAUGAUAGAAAUAAUAGCAGAAGUGUCAAACACAGAGACCAUUUGGAAAACCGAUUCAAAGAUAGAAGGAUGAAGACAUCCCAAGAAGGAGCUGGACCAGAUGGUGCAUAUUUUGGUACUUCUUCUAUGGACAGAGAUGUUCAGAUCAUGAAUCGAGCUACGACUGAUAAAGCUCAAUUAAAUAAGAGAGAGAGGGACAGUCUUUUGGAUGAUGACAGUCACCUUGCAAAUAGCCCAAUGGAUUUCACCAGUUUUCCUGCACAGGUUGACCUACCAAGUAACAACGAAGCUGCAGAAGAAAAUGAUCUUGUGCAAAACACCAGAGGCUUAACUGAUUUGGAAAUUGGAAUGUAUGCUUUGCUAGGUGUAUUCUGUUUAGCAAUAUUAGUCUUCCUGAUUAAUUGUGUGACAUUUGCAUUAAAAUAUAGACACAAACAGGUCCCUGUGGAUGAGCAAGAGACAAUGACACACUCACAUGAUUGGGUUGGCCUUACCAAUCGGACAGAUCUUUUGGAAAAUAGCAUUAACUUUUCAUCACAACAGGAUGAAUGCAUUACAGCUGUGGAUAGAGGAGUGAAUCUGGAGGAAAGUAAAUAUCUCCUCAAUGCAAACCAUCAAAAAACUGUAAAUGGACAAGUGUACAGAUCUGCAGAGACUUCCUUCAAUGAUAGUAAAGAACAGAGAGGGGAACCUUCAUUCUCUCCAACCUCAAAAAGGAAACGUGUAAAGUUUACUACUUUUACCACAAUGCCGUCUGAGGAUGGAGCCCCUGUUGUUAAUCAGAUUUUAAUGAACAAUGAAGAGGAAAUUAAGUGGGUAUGUCAAGAUUUAGAUGUUGGGGGAUGCAAGGAGCUCAGAAACUACAUGGAGAGGUUACAUGAAAAUGUGUGA